AUGGCGAUGAUGAUGACUGGCCGUGUGCUACUGGUGUGUGCCCUCUGCGUGCUGUGGUGCGGUGCGGUUUUUGGACACGCGAUGGACGAUUACUGCAGUGAGGGUGGAGGGAACGGUUUGAGGCACACGAGUAAUGGUGGAGAUGACGGCGUGUCUCUAAAGGCGGACUGCGGGUUGUUAUCCACUCGAAUGGGUUUAAUAAGGGCGGUUGAAGCUGUGGAAGCUGGACAAGAAUUGAGUGGCCCAGACCCGCCUCAGGAUAACUCGAAGGUAUCAUCAAGUGAUAAGAAAGUGCGUAGCGGAGCGCCUGGUUCAAAAGGAGGUAGUGUCGCAGCAGCAGCAGCAGCAAUACCGCCGACGCCCGGAGGAUCAGGUACAGGAGGACAGGUGGUGAAGCCAGAAGGGUUGGAUGCAAAUGGAGGAAAGGAAGCAGAUCAUAAGGAGGAUCGCAACGACAGUACGGCAACUGGGCCCCAACUUCAAAGCGUUGAUCAAUCAUCUUCUUCCUCUUCUUCAUCUGGCAGCCCUGGCACUCAGAGCGGUGAAGAACACAACUUGGAGAAUACUUCCAAGAGUGAUGAAUCCUCCGAUGAUUCAGCGGAAGAUGACGAAAGUGAUCCUCUUAGCCAAUCUGACAGUCGUGAAGAGAGGGCGGAAGAAGAACCAGAAAAAAACGAAUUAAAUACAGAAAAUACAAGUCAUGAGGCACCAACACUAACAACAGCACCAGCCGAAGAGGCAGAAAUACAAGCAACAAUACCAACAACACCACUGCAUGGACAUUCCGGCGCUGAGGAUUCAGGAGAGGUGCAACAGUUACAACAACCCCAAGACGGCAUUGAGUCAAACAACCAUUCACAAACAAAGAGCGUUGCCACCAUCGCAGCCAAUCAAAAGAAUGAACCACCUGGCGGCCAUGCAGAAUCAAGGCCACCAUCACCCACAGCAAACGGUGAUGCUGCCAAUAACGAAUCUGAAACGAGCACUGAAGAGGGCAUCCCCAACAAUGAUCCAGCAGCUGAUGCUCCAGGGACAGCAGAAGAAAAACAAAAUGAAAAUAAAGAUGCCAAUCCGAAAGAAACACCAGUCGAAGCCACGGCCAUGAAAACUACAACGGCGACGACUGGCGACAGUGACGGCAGCACCGCGGUCUCCCACACCACCUCCCCUCUUUUGCCUCUUCUUGUUGUUGCGUGUUCGGCUGCUGCUGCGGUGGUGGCCGCGUGA